GACAGGCGACGCCUUUCUCCAGAUCCCGUCGCCCGUCUGCCUCCCCUGCAGGCUGCACUGCACCUUGGCUUCCCUCCGGCCUCGGCGCCUGGCGGCUCCACCCCGACGCCGGACCGUGACGGCACGAACUGAAGGCAAGUCGAUUAUCCGGCUACAGAAAAAUAACGUCGCUCCAAGUGUUCGAUAGCAGAUUGCAGCGAGGUUCAAUAGCAGAUUUCCAGGCCGCUGGUUGCAGCGAGGUUCAGACCUUUGUGGGAUUUGUUUGCAGGGGAAGUGAGAAACUCGAUGGAGCAACACGAAGAAGAUGAAUCGAUAGUUACAUCGGAGCAAGCGGGGCUGCUCGGCAAAAAUCUCCUGCACCACUUUGAGCGAAUCCUCCACGACGACCCCCUCAUUGAUGAGGUGGGAUUCUUGCAUCCGACGCAGUUCUGCUCACUAGACGUCACCCAAAAUGGCAAUUCGGCGUUCCAAGCUCCAGAAUUCCAUCAGAGAUACUUCUGGUGCAGAGACCACAAGCUUGCCAUCUCCUCAGAGAUCCUACCCAAGCUCUACCGUGCUGCGCACGAUGCGUACACCAGUGCAAGAACAGCCCACGACGCUCCACUGUCAACGACCAAUCUCAUGAGGCACAGCAAGGCACUACUCAUACUUUGCCCUGACUUGCUUACCGCAUGGAACUCCAGGAAGAUGGUGCUAUCACUGAAUUAUGAUUUCACAAUGCUCAAGGACGAGCUACAAUUGUGUGUCUUGAUCCUUUCAUACUCGCCAAAGAAUGAAAGCACAUGGAGCCAUAGGAGAUGGGUGUUAAAAAAGGUUGCAGAACAACAUCAGGAUAUGUCGGAGCUUAUAGAGAAGGAAUCUGUACUGGUGAAAGAGAUAGCAGAGAAGUCGAAAAUGAACUACCGUGCAUGGAGGCAUCGAUGCUGGCUUAUUCCUCACAUGAAAAGAAAACAGGUGCUGGAUGAGCUGAAGAAGUCAACAAGAUGGAGUGAGCUGCAUGUCGCUGACAACUGCUGCUUUCACUACCGCAGGUCCCUGCUGCUUGCGCUACGAGACAGUCACCCAGAGAAUGGAGAGGAUUCCCUUAGUUGGGAGUCAGAAACUCACCUACAGUGGAAGGAGGAGCUGAGGUGGGAUGAGAUGUUGAUCAGACUCUACCAAGGGAGAGAGUCAUUGUGGACCCACCGUCGGUUCCUCUCACGAUGGUGGAUAGAGCAGUUGAUCACCGUUGAGGAAACCUGCCCCCCAUCGACAUCCCUUGUGGAUGUGUUCGUCGCCCAGGAGAUACACCUGCUGUCAGAGUGCCUGAACGCCCCUGCGGAUGAGUUUGAGGAUUCAUGUGCCCAAGCGGAGCUUGCAGCACUCUACAUUCUGUGGAUAUCAAAGCAAGCCCCGGCUGUAAAAGGGAAGUUGGAAGAGAGGCUGAGUUCCAUUUCCAUGGGGAGGCUGGAGGACGUGCUGGAGAGAACCUGCAGGCCGGAGAAAAGGAGGCUGUGGACGAAUCUGCUCGGCCUGGUUGUUGCUGUUGCUGAUCAAUCUCAGUGACGACACGACAAGACGAAAUGCUGAGUUUGUGACAGAAUGUAGGCUUCGAUUCAAUUCGACUACAGGGUUUUGUUCCAUGUGACCACGAAACACAUGACGUGGAAGGUGUUUUGUUCAGGUCCUACGAUCCUCUGUGAUUGCAAACCAAACUAAGGGUUGGGUUCCAGUGCCCCAGUUAAAAUCAAACAAAUCUUGCCCUGAAAGGCGAUCAAUAUCAUCGCCUAACCAGCAGGCGAGGAAAGGACACUUGGGCUUC